AGCCUGCCACAACUGACAACGGCAGUAACACACUUACCUACCUAUUGGAAUCGUUUCCAUCAAAUUCGCUCGCGGGCUCAUGCGCCCCACAUCCCGUUUAGUGCAAUCUUAUCGCGGACGGCAUAGCGCUAGAGACCAGUGCACUGUGCAGUACGUUUCUUGGAUCGGUUGGAUCCAAUUCGGUCGCUACAAUUAGCGGCUGCAACGUUCGAAAAUGAAUUUAAUUUUCACGAACAACUAGCAGUAGAUACCACGCGUCAUCGAUUCGCAGUCAAGAUUUUGUAUUGUUUUUUUUUUUAUCAACUAGCAUAUUUGAAUCAUGUCUAACAUUUUAUACAAUCCACUGGCACAAACUGCAUUUGAGUCUUCUGGUAUAUCAAAAGUAGAAAAUCCAUUAACUGUCAAUCAAUUAGCUCGUCAAUUGUUGCCAUUGAAUGUGACUAAUAAAGAAAUAGAUUCCGGACUUAAGAGGAUAUAUUGGUUGGGUAAUUACACACAUAAGAAAAAACCAAAACCUGUGGAUAAAUGUAAACCAAAAAACCAAUUAAAACGAAUAUUAGGAUUAAAUCAUCCACCAAAAGAUGUUUUAUCAUAUACUGAUGCAAUGAAAUUGAAUGAGCUUUGGAUGUCUUAUAUGAAAAAAGUUAUUAAUUUUGAUGAUCUCCGCAAAAGAGGAUGGAAUGGUAUUCCAGGAUGUAAACAUUGGGAACAAUUUAUGACUUCGCUGUACAAAUGUGAUUUUCAUGGUGCUCACAUAAAGGUGGUCAGUUCCAAGUGUUGUUCAUAUAUUUUAGUGAGAGGUGUUAUAAUUCUUGAAACAAAAAACACUUUCCAAAUCAUAGGAGUUGAUAAUAAAUUAAAAACCUUGCCCAAAUAUCAAUGUAUUUUUGAAUUAGAACUUGAAGGAUAUCUUAUUCAUUUGUAUGGUAAACAUUUUAUAGUAAGAUCAAAAGAUCGUUCUAAAAAGAAAAUAAAGGAUAACCUUAUAUUAGAACUGUAAAAAUUUGAC